UUCAUAUUUUCUAAAUCAUCCUCUUCUUGUGGUACUCCAAAAUGGCCGUAGCUCUUACAGUUAGCAAAAGCCUGCUGUUAGUCAUCACUUGGGCUGGAAUUUUAGCCGGGCUGAUACUGGAAUUCGUCAUGGCUCAGAAUCCACCGUCAUCAUCGUCAUCAGUGGCUGAUAUAGUUACACAAUCAUUCUUUGAUGAGAUAAUCAAUCAGGCUGACGCAAGCUGUGCCGGCAAUAGCUUCUAUACGCGUGCUGCAUUCCUCAGUUCACUUGAUUCGUAUUCUAGCUUUGGUACGACCGGAACAACUGAUGACCAAAAACGUGAGAUUGCUGCCCUUUUUGCGCAUGUAACACAUCAGACUGGAUCAGACUUCUGUUACAUAGAAGAGAUAAAUGGUUCUUCUCACAAUUACUGCGAUAGUUCAAACACACAGUAUCCAUGCGUCCCUGGCAAGCAGUACUAUGGCCGUGGACCACUCCAGCUAACGUGGAAUUAUAAUUAUGGGGCUGCAGGAAACAGUAUUGGCUUUGAUGGGCUAAAUUCUCCUGAAACUGUGGCCAAUGAUGUUCUGAUUUCGUUCAAGACAGCAAUGUGGUUCUGGAUGAACAAUUGCCAUUCAAUCAUAACUUCUGGUCAAGGGUUUGGAGCAACGAUACAAGCCAUCAAUGGUGCAAUUGAAUGCAACGGUAUGAGCCCAAUAAGUGUGCAAGCUCGAAUUCAGUAUUAUCAGGACUACUGUGAUCAAUUUGGUGUGUCACCUGGCGACAACCUUACUUGUUAAUAUAGUAUGUCUUUUGUACUAGUCUAAUUUCCUUUCCCGGGAAGAGGGAAAACAACAAGAAUAAAGUGUUAGUCGUAAUCCAAGGUGACAACAUUAGUUGUAUUAUUUUUCAUGUAUUAUUUUUCAAGAUAAGAAAGAUUAUUG